CGUGAGAGGAGCACACGGGCCGGCUGAGCAGCAAGAAGGAUGGAGGUCCGACCUGACAGAUUCAAAGCGGUCGCGGCCAAAACUCUCGGCAGAAUUAACAGGUUGAUUGACAAGCAGCAGCUCAAUGGAGAAACCAUCGAGCUGUCCGCCGAGGGCCGUCCCGAGCUGGUUCAGGAGAAGGAGCUGCCGGUGGUGGACUGCACCUGCUUCGGCUUACCCAGACGCUACAUCAUCGCCAUCUUGUCCGGCCUGGGCUUCUGCAUCUCUUUCGGCAUCCGCUGCAAUCUGGGCGUGGCCAUUGUGAGCAUGGUCAACGACCACACCGUCUACAAAGGCAACAAGGAAGUGCUCGUGGCUGCGCAGUUCACUUGGGAUCCAGAGACGGUGGGCAUGAUCCACGGCUCCUUCUUCUGGGGCUACAUUGUCACGCAGAUCCCCGGAGGUUUUAUAUGUCAGAAAUUUGCAGCCAACAGAGUGUUCGGCUUUGCCAUCGUGGCCACGUCCACCCUCAACAUGCUGAUCCCAUCUGCCGCUCGCUGCCAUUACAGCUGCGUCAUACUGGUCAGAAUAUGUCAAGGCCUUGUUGAGGGCGUGUCGUACCCGGCUUGCCACGGCAUUUGGGCGAAGUGGGCUCCUCCGCUGGAGAGAAGUCGAUUAGCCACCACGGCCUUUUGCGGAUCGUACGCCGGGGCUGUCGUGGCCAUGCCUUUAGCUGGGAUACUGGUGCAAUACACUGGGUGGCCUUCUGUAUUCUACGUCUAUGGCAGCUUUGGAAUAUUCUGGUACUUGUUCUGGGUCCUGGUGUCCUACGAGAGUCCAGCUGCCCAUCCCACCAUCACACCAGAGGAGAGGAAGUACAUCGAAGAAGCCAUUGGAGAGUCGGCGUCGUUUCUCAACCCACUUCACAAAUUUAAGACGCCCUGGAGACAUUUCUUCACCUCCAUGCCUGUCUACGCCAUCAUUGUGGCCAACUUCUGCAGGAGCUGGACCUUCUACCUGCUCCUCAUUAGCCAGCCGGCCUACUUCGAAGAAGUCUUUGGCUUUGAGAUCAGCAAGGUGGGCAUGGUGUCAGCUUUGCCCCAUCUAGUAAUGACCAUCAUCGUUCCAGUGGGAGGCCAGCUGGCGGACUACCUUCGAACCCACAACCUGAUGACCACCACCAACGUCAGGAAACUCAUGAACUGUGGAGGUUUUGGUAUGGAGGCCACCCUCCUACUAGUGGUGGGAUAUUCUCACACAAAAGGCAUCGCCAUCUCCUUCCUGGUGCUUGCCGUUGGCUUUAGCGGCUUUGCUAUCUCAGGUUUUAACGUCAAUCACUUGGACAUUGCUCCUCGAUACGCCAGCAUAUUGAUGGGCAUUUCAAACGGGGUGGGAACAUUGUCCGGAAUGGUGUGUCCUCUUAUCGUGGGAGCCAUGACCAAACAUAAGACACGCGACGAGUGGCAGUACGUCUUCCUUAUAGCGUCGCUGGUUCACUAUGGAGGAGUUGUUUUCUACGGACUCUUUGCAUCUGGAGAAAAGCAACCCUGGGCCGACAUCGAAGACACCAGCCAGGAGAAGUGCGGCAUCAUGGACGAAGACGAGCUGGCCAACGAGACGGAGGAGCUCUACCGCACCGGCGCCGGCCAAUACGGGGCCAUGAGCCAACAGCAGGUGGUCGGUUCAAACGGAGGAGGCGGGGCCGCAGGAGGCGGGGCCGGAUGGGUGUCGGACUGGGAUAAAUCGGAAGAGUACGUGCAGCCGCCUGGACGCAACUCGUACAAGUGCAGCGGAGUCGAGGAGCUGAAGGUGACGUAGAAAAGAGACGGACCUAAUACGAGCGUGUACCAAACUUGACAAAGAGCCGGAAAAGGAAGGGAAGAAAGAUUUUUUGACAAUAUACAUAAACACCUACACGAUUCAUAUGCUCAGCUCAUCCUCCCUGACGCACAGCUCGCUGCCAUUGGUCCAUUUCUCUCUCGACCAGGAAGUACGGCAACAUCUCCCUUGUGUUGUAUUUUGAGUCUAAUGUUUAAGCUGCACUAUUUUUUUUUUCUCCAGGGAGCGCAUGUAGAGGUUUGAAAUAAGAAUAAUAUUCAUGGUGGACCCCCCCGCCCCUCCAUGAAAUCAAUACAUAUUUGCCAUGUGGAGUCUAGAUGAAGCUCACCUGUGUCUGACCUAACUAGGUCAUGCCUAUCUAGUCUCACGGGUCACUCAUACGAUGAGUAAUCAGCCGACACUCGGGACUCUUUAUUUGAUGUGGGGACAAGCACAGAGUGUUGUCAACUGUUUUGUCAUCGAAUGUGCAAAAUUGUCCAAACACAAUGU